AUGUCGCCGAUGACCGGAAUUCUCUGCCGGAGAACAAAAUUUAAUAUCAAAUCCUUAAAUACUCGGCUGAGUUUGUUCUCAUCAACGCCGGAUUUUGACAACCGGAGAAUAGAGAAGAUUUUAAUAGCAAACAGAGGCGAAAUAGCAUGCAGAAUUAUGCGAACCGCAAAGAAAUUAGGGAUUCGAACCGUUGCUGUUUAUAGCGAUGCCGACAAGUACAGUUUACAUGUUAAAUCGGCUGAUGAAGCUGUCAGAAUUGGGCCUCCGCCUGCCCGGCUCAGUUACUUGAAUUCUUCGGCGAUUAUCGAAGCCGCUAAUAAAACUGGGGCACAGGCUAUCCACCCAGGUUACGGUUUCUUAUCAGAAAGUGCUGAUUUUGCUCAACUUUGUGAAGAUGAGGGGUUUUCAUUUAUUGGACCUCCCGCAUCUGCAAUUCGUGACAUGGGGGAUAAAAGUGCAUCAAAGAGAAUAAUGGGUGCUGCAGGAGUACCGCUUGUGCCUGGAUAUCAUGGUGAUGAUCAACAUAUUGAUUUUAUGAAGUCAGAAGCAGACAAAAUUGGAUAUCCUAUUUUAAUCAAGCCAACUCAUGGAGGUGGAGGAAAGGGAAUGAGAAUUGUUCAGAGUCCCAAUGAUUUUGUCGAUUCAUUCUUGGGAGCGCAACGUGAGGCUGCUGCAUCUUUUGGCAUAAACACAAUCUUGCUGGAAAAAUAUAUUACAAAACCAAGUCACAUAGAAGUCCAGAUCUUUGGGGACAAACUUGGUAAUGUAAUACAUCUUAACGAGAGAGAUUGCAGUGUCCAGAGAAGACAUCAGAAGAUAAUUGAAGAAGCUCCUGCUCCAAACAUCAACAAUGACUUCCGAUCCCACUUGGGUCAAGCAGCUGUAUCUGCAGCGAAGGCAGUGAAUUAUCAUAAUGCUGGCACUGUAGAGUUUAUAGUUGAUACUCUCUCAGGACAAUUUUAUUUUAUGGAGAUGAACACCCGCCUUCAGGUUGAACAUCCUGUUACUGAGAUGAUUGUCGGUCAAGAUCUUGUGGAAUGGCAAAUUCGUGUUGCAAAUGGAGAGCCACUUCCCCUGAUUCAAACAGAGGUUCCAUUAUCAGGCCAUGCUUUUGAAGCCCGCAUAUAUGCUGAAAAUGUUCUGAAAGGAUUUCUGCCUGCAACAGGCAUUCUUCAUCAUUAUUGUCCUGUUCAAGUUUCAUCAGCAGUUAGGGUUGAGACAGGAGUUGAGCAGGGAGACACAGUGAGCAUGCAUUACGAUCCCAUGAUAGCUAAACUUGUAGUUUGGGGAGAAGAUCGAAUUGGGGCACUAAUUAAGUUGAAGGAUUGCUUGUCGAAGUUUCAGGUUGCUGGUUUACCAACCAACUUAGAUUUUCUCUUGAAACUUGCUAAUCAUGGAGCUUUUGAAAAUGGAGAAGUUGAAACUCAUUUCAUUGAGUUGCAUAAAGAUGGCUUAUUUAUUAACCCAAAUGAUACACUAUCGACAGAAGCAGCAUAUGAUGCUGCUAAACAUGGUGCCGCCAUUGCCGCUGCAUGUCUUUGUGAAAUGGAACAUGCAGCUACGAAAGAACAUGCCCCUGGGAAUCUUUCUAUGUGGUAUGCUAAACCUCCUUUUCGAGUCAAUCACUGUGCCAGGCACACAAUGGAACUUGAAUGGGAUGAUGAGUACAGUGGGGAUGGCUUUAAACAUUUAACCGUUCAUAUGACUUGUUUGCCUGAUGGGAAUUAUCUGAUUGAGACAGGAGGAAGCAGUUCAAAGAGUCUGGAGAUCAAUGUGUCACACUUAGGCAAGCAUGAUUUUAAAGUUGAAUAUGGUGGCAUUAGCAAGAACGUUAGUGUAGCUGUUUAUUCCAAGGAUAAGAUGGAGCACAUUCACAUUUGGCAUGCUUCAUACCAUCAUCACUUCAAACAGAGAAAGCGGCUGGAACUCUCCGAUAGUGAUGACUCUGAAUACAGGCCUGCUCUUGAGUCAACAUCACAUCCACCUGGGACGGUGGUGGCUCCCAUGGCUGGUUUAGUGGUUAAAGUUUUAGCAAAGGAUGGAGAAAAAGUUGGGGAAGGGCAACCUAUACUGGUUUUAGAAGCAAUGAAGAUGGAGCAUGUUGUGAAGGCAUCAACUGCUGGUUAUGUCCAUGGCCUUCGAGUUACAGCUGGCCAACAGGUUUCCGAUGGUACUGUUCUAUUUACUGUGAAGGACAAGUGA